AUGCCUCGCGAAGGUACUCGGUCGCAAACCGGCAACUCCAAGCCGCGCGUCUUCCCCGUCGUCGACACCGCGCCGGCGGUCAAGAGGACUACUAAGCCCAAGCCCGUCGCUGCUGAGGAGCCCAAGGCUGCUGCGCCCGCGAAGGGUGCCAAGCCUACGGGCGUGACCAAGAAGGCUGCCCCAAAGAAGGAGAGCACUGUCAAGGCCGUGGCGGAGAAGGUUGAGAAGAAGGCUGGCAAGACGGCCGACAAGGCCGACAAGAAGGCCGAGAAGGCUGCCGUGGAGCCAAAGGAGCCCAAGGCCAAGGCUGCCCCCAAGAAGAAGGCUGCUGCUGCUCCUGCCGCUGCUCCUGCCGCCACCGCCGAGUAA